AUGCCUUCCUCGUUGCCCGACACUGGCGGUGUCCCCGAGCCCGACACUGGCGGCGUCCCUGAGCCCGACACUGGCGGUGUCCCUGACCCCGACACUGGCGGUUUCCCCGAUCCCGACACUGGCGGUUUCCCCGAGCCCGACACUGGCGGCGUCCCUGAGUCCGAGCCCGACACUGGCGGUGUCCCCGAGCCCGACACUGGCGGUGUCCCCGAGCCCGACACUGGCGGUGUCCCCGAGCCCGACAUUGGCGGUGUCCCCGAGCCCGACACUGGCGGUGUCCCCGAGCCCGAGCCCGACACUGGCGGUGUCCCCGAGCCCGAGCCCGACACUGGCGGUGUCCCCGAGCCCGACACUGGCGGCGUCCCCGAGCCCGACACUGGCGGUGUCCCCGAUCCCGACACUGGCGGCAUCCCCGAGUCCGACACUGGCGGUGUCCCUGAGCCCGACACUGGCGGUGUCCCCGAGCCCGACACUGGCGGCGUCCCUGAGUCCGAGCCCGACACUGGCGGUGUCCCCGAGCCCGACACUGGCGGUUUCCCCGAGCCCGACACUGGCGGUGUCCCCGAGCCCGACACUGGCGGUGUCCCCGAGCCCGACACUGGCGGUGUCCCCGAGCCCGACAUUGGCGGUGUCCCCGAGCCCGAGCCCGACACUGGCGGUGUCCCCGAGCCCGAGCCCGACACUGGCGGUGUCCCCGAGCCCGAGCCCGACACUGGCGGUGUCCCCGAGCCCGAGCCCGACACUGGCGGUGUCCCCGAGCCCGACACUGGCGGUGUCCCCGAGCCCGACACUGGCGGUGUCCCCGAGCCCGACACUGGCGGUGUCCCUGAGUCCGAGCCCGACACUGGCGGCGUCCCCGAGCCCGACACUGGCGGUGUCCCCGAGCCCGACACUGGCGGUGUCCCCGAGCCCGACACUGGCGGCGUCCCUGAGUCCGAGCCCGACACUGGCGGCGUCCCCGAGCCCGACACUGGCGGCGUCCCCGAGCCCGACACUGGCGGUGUCCCUGAGUCCGAGCCCGACACUGGCGGCGUCCCCGAGCCCGACACUGGCGGCGUCCCCGAGCCCGACACUGGCGGUGCCCCCGAGCACGACACUGGCGGUGUCCCCGAGCCCGACACUGGCGGUGUCCCUGAGUCCGACACUGGCGGCGUCCCUGAGUCCGAGCCCGACACUGGCGGCGUCCCCGAGCCCGACACUGGCGGUGUCCCUGAGUCCGAGCCCGACACUGGCGGCGUCCCCGAGCCCGACACUGGCGGUGUCCCCAAGCCCGACACUGGCGGUGUCCCCGAGCCCGACACUGGCGGCGUCUCCGAGCCCGACACUGGCGGUGUCCCCGAGCCCGACACUGGCGGUGUCCCCGAGCCCGACACUGGCGGCGUCCCCGAGCCCGACACUGGCGGUGUCCCCGAGCCCGACACUGGCGGUGUCCCCGAGCCCGACACUGGCGGCGUCCCUGAGUCCGAGCCCGACACUGGCGGUGCGCGGUGA